GUGUCCAAAGUCAAGAUCAUCUGCUUGAUUUAAAUUGUGCUCCUUGCGAUGAAGGUGAUGAGGAUGAUUGUGAAGAGGAUGAUGUUUGCGGGGAAGUUAGUAGUGAAGAAUACUGGGAUAUUGGAGAUGUUACCUAUGAAUAUGAACAUUGUGGGGCAUGUUUUUGGUACGAAGAAAGAAUCAACAAGAAGAUUAAGUCUAAACGGCCGAUAUUUUCUUUGUGUUGUAAUCAUGGAAAGAUUAAGUUUCCAAAGUCAACUGAGCCUCCUCAAAUUGUAAGACAAUUGUUGUUUGGAUCUGUUUUAGAAGUAGCUGCUUUGGUAGUAGAAGAUUUUGAACCAUCUAGAGAUGAUAGAGAUAUUGUCAUUGAAAGUCGGUCUGGACAGCUAAAAAGUAUUAAUGAACUAAAUGCAGCAUAUUUAAGCUUGCAGUAUCCUAUAAUUUUUCCAUACGGUGAAGAUGGCUAUAGAGAGGACAUCCAUUAUAAUGGAGUGGAAAUACCUAGUGAAUUGCUUGAUCCUCACUAUUAUAAGGAAGUGCAGUUAUUUAUGAUGCAUGGCCCGUGUGAUCCUGCGAGAAAUUAUUCUCCUUGCAUGCAUGAUGGUAGAUGCACAAAGAACUUUCCAAAGAAAUUUAUUGGGGCAACUACAAUUGAUGAAGAUGGUUAUCCUAUUUACAGACGAAGGGAAGAUGGUAGAACUAUCAAAAAAGAUGGUAUUGGCCUGGACAACAGAUCUAUUAAGUACUUAUUUAAGUACGUUAAUAAGGGGAAUGAUUGUGUCACUGCUACUUUUUCGCAAAGUGCAAAUGAGGAGGAUUCAUCAAAUGUCGAUGAAAUAAAUAUGUAUUAUGAUUGUCGAUACAUAUCAUCCAGUGAAGCUUCUUGGAGAAUACUUGAAUUUCCAAUUCAAUAUAGGCAAUCUCUUGCAGAAAGACUAGCAUUUCAUCUUAAAAAUGAACAAAAUGUUAUAUUCUCUGAUGAUGAUCCAAUUAACGAUGUCACCAAUAGACCGAGUGCAAGGAAAUCAAUGUUCUUAAGUUGGUUUGAGGAAAAUAAAGAAUUUCUUGAAGCUAGAGAAUUAACUUAUGCAGAAUUUUUGCUUAAGUUUGUGUGGAAAAAAGACUCAAAGAAAUGGGAGAAAAGAAAGACUUCUGCAUUUUCUAUCAGGAGGAUCUUCUUUGUUCCACCUGGAAGUGGCGAGUUAUAUUAUCUAAGAUUAUUGUUGAAUGUCAUUAGAGGUGCAAAAAUCUUUGAGGAUCUUAAGAAGGUCAACAAUCGUGACCACACCACUUCCAGAGAUGCUUGUUAUGCACUUGGCUUGUUAGAUGAUGACAAAGAGUAUGUUGAUUCCAUAAACGAAGCAAAGGCAGAGAUGACAGAUGAUGAAUUGAGAAAUCAUUGUUUGCAAAGGUUGAAAAAAAUUUUGAAAGGUUGCGGAAAAAGUUUUCAGGAUUUUUCGACUAUGCCAAGACCUGUUUACAACGAGAAACAAGCGGACAAUGCCAAUAGAUUAAUCCAUGAUGAAUUGCAUUAUAAUAGGCACUCUUUGUUGGUUGAACACCAACAAUUAGUAAUGAAUUUGAGGGCUAAACAAAAGUUGGUGUAUGAAAAAAUAAUGGCGGCGGUGAAUGAAGACAAAGGUGAAUUUUUCUUCUUAUAUGGUCAUGGAGGAACUGGCAAGACUUUUAUUUGGAGGACUUUGUCUUCUGGAAUACGAUCUAGAGGAAAUAUUGUGUUAACUGUUGCAUCAAGUGACAUUGCAUCUCUUUUGUUACCUAGAGUUCAAACAUCUCAUUCACGAUUUGCAAUUUCUCUCAAUCCAACCGAAGAUGCAACAUGCAAUAUAAAGCAAGGUAGUCCUCUAGCAAAUCUUAUUGUCAAGACAAAGUUGAUUAUCUGGAAUGAGGCGCCAAUGAUGCAUAGAUACUAUUUUAAAGAUCUUGAUCAUACUCUCCAAGAUAUUCUUAGGUUUAAAAACACAUCCAGUUUAGAUAAACCUUUUGGAGGAAAAACAGUUGUUCUAAGUGAUCCAAUAUCAGCAAUUGUAGAUAGUACAUAUCCUGAAUUCUACUGUCACUCCAGUGAUCUAGAUUACCUCCAGCAAAGAGCAAUUCUUGCUCCGACUCUAGAUAUG